AUGGUCUCCUUCAUCCAUUGGCUUCCAUUCCUGCUGAUUCUCGCCGAUGCCCGGAGACCUCACUUUCUGAAAACCUUCAAUGUCUUGUCAUAUGGUGCACGUCCCGAUCGAAUCACCGAUAACAGCAUGGCAUUUCUUCGCGCAUGGAAGGAUGCUUGUGAACACGACGGCGGAGGUAGGGUUUGGAUCCCGAGAGGGGAGUUCAAGCUUGAUUCCGUCGUGUUCGUCGGACCUUGUAAGGGACCUGUAGAUUUUGUUAUCAGGGGAUUGCUUGAAGCGUCAACUGAUCCAUCUGAGUUUUUCGUUGAUCACUGGAUCGCUUUCAAGUAUGUCGAUCAGUUGGUGGUCCGAGGUGGUGGUUAUUUGUUUGGUAACGGCCGUUCAGCAUGGCAGUUUAAUGACUGCGCCACUAAUUCCCGCUGCAAACCUCUUCCCGUCGCGCAAUCGAAUGUUCAAAUAAAGAAUGUGACAUUUAGAAAAGUGCAUGGGACAUCGAGUUCUAAGAUUGCAGUUAAAAUACAAUGUAGCAAACACGUGCCAUGUGAAGGUGUCAACCUCGUGAAUAUUAACUUGGAAUAUCGUGGGCCUGAGGGACCUGCGGCUUCAUCUUGUAUGAAUGUUAAAGGGAAAUCAUAUGGUCGCCAACUUCCAGCGGGGUGUUUAUAG